ACCAAAUAUUUUGUGAUUGAAGGGUAAUACUCAUUACAUGCGGUGCAAAGAGACCCACAUGCUCCAAAACCAGCUGAAUGGUGCAAGUUCAAAGAUUCCACUUCUGUUUUCUCCUUUCCACCGAAUUUAAAUUAAAAAAGAGUACCAAAUUAUUAAAAAAAUCUGUAUAAUGCUACAUGUCCCAAGUCCACUACCACCCUCAACGUUGAAAGGUACUUGAAGCCAGAACAUCCUAGUACCUCUGGGGUCUUUGAGGGUGUCUCUGUUGUCCAAGGUAUCAUCAUCUUGAAUGGCAGUAAUAAUGGCUUUGCAUGGUUAUUGUUACAACAAUAUAAAGUUGGGAAAUCAGCGAAGAGCACUACACAAUCUCAGUUUUCCAGGCUCAAUUUCAGUUCGUAAAUUGCCAAAGAAUAGAAGGUCAAAAUCUGAUAAGUCAGAGAAUGAUAAAUUUCCUAGAUUCCUGGUUGAAAUGCGACAGACAGGAUUGCCUCCAUCAAAAUAUGGUACAAAUGGUAGAGUUGUUAAAAUGGUUCCAACAAAUGAGGUAGUGAAAAGAAAGACAAUGUUAGAGAAUAAAGUGGAAAUAGGGAGCAGUUCAAAGCAAGAUGUUAAUGGAGCAAGUUUAGUAAGAAGGGACCCUAGCCUGGCCUUGACAAAGACAGUGAAAUCUGGAACCUCUAAAGAACUUCCACCACUAGAAGAGCUAAAAGUUUUGCCCUCGGAUGAAGGCUUCAGUUGGGCCAAUGAAAAUUACAAUUCCGUGCAGAGAUCUAUUGAUGUUUGGUCUUUUGUUCUUUCUUUACGUAUUCGAGUUCUAUUGGACAAUGCAAAAUGGGCAUAUUUGGGUGGCUUUACAGAAGAAAAGCAGAAAAGAAGAAGGCAGAAAACUGCUGCAUGGCUAAGGGAGUGUGUAUUACAGCUUGGCCCAACUUUCAUUAAACUUGGACAGUUAUCAUCAACAAGGUCGGAUCUAUUUCCUCGGGAGUUUGUAGACGAGCUUGCGAAAUUGCAGGACAGGGUACCUGCUUUUUCUCCUAAGAAAGCAAGAGGCUUUAUUGAGAGUGAAUUAGGAGCACCCAUUAAUGUAUUGUUUAAAGAGUUUGAAGAUCGGCCCAUUGCUGCUGCUAGUCUUGGUCAGGUUCAUCGAGCUAUAUUACACAAUGGAGAAAAGGUAGUUCUCAAAGUCCAAAGGCCUGGACUAAAGAAGCUUUUUGACAUUGACUUGCGAAACUUAAAGCUGAUUGCAGAAUAUUUUCAGAGAAGUGAAACUCUAGGGGGUCCAACAAGAGAUUGGGUUGGUAUCUAUGAAGAAUGUGCAACGAUUUUGUAUCAAGAAAUUGAUUAUAUAAAUGAAGGAAAGAAUUCUGAUAGAUUCCGCCGAGAUUUUCGAAACAUAAAGUGGGUCCGAGUACCUCUGGUUUAUUGGGAUUAUACUGCAUCGAAGGUAUUGGCAUUGGAGUAUGUACCAGGUAUCAAAAUAAAUGAAGUGGAUAUGUUAACUUCACGUGGUUAUGAUCGAUUACGAAUCUCAUCACACACUAUUGAGGCAUACUUGAUUCAGAUAUUGAAAACUGGUUUCUUUCAUGCUGAUCCACAUCCUGGAAAUCUUGCCGUUGAUGUUGAUGAAGCAAUUAUUUAUUAUGACUUUGGUAUGAUGGGGGAGAUAAAAUCUUUCACCCGAGAGAGGCUGCUUGAACUGUUCUAUGCUGUCUAUGAGAAGGAUGCCAAAAAGGUCUAGUUUCUACUUUGAUUGCAUCUUUGUAAACAUGGGAGACAUUAUCACAACAAGUACUUCCCAUCUGAUGUCUUGAUAAACUAAUAUCAAAAUUUGUUUUCUAUUGUUUCUUCAUGCUUCUUUCUUUUUGUAGACAUGUAAGAUUACAUGGAGCUUGAUAUAUAUCAAAAUAUGAAACUUGUAUAGGAAUUAUAUGUUAGCAAACGUUAAUUUGUGUGCAAUGUUUAGGGAGAAAUUUACUGUUUGAGAGAUGAAUACAAGGUAAACAAUGAUGGAUUAGCAAACCUUUGUGCACCAAUCUCCAAAGCUUAGCUCUGAGGGAAGUGUCCUCUAUUCCUUUUAGGAAAAUUUCCCCUUGAAGUGGGAGAACUCCGAGAGGAGAUGCUAAGGACUUUCCUAUUUGGAUAUACACCAAGGUUUAGCCUUAAGUCCUUGCAUGUCUAACCUAGUCUUGGAUGUGCUUAUCAAGGACAUACAAAAGAGUUUCCUUAUUUUUGUAUUUUUUUGAGCAUGAUAUAGUCUUGAUUGAGAAAUCAAGGGAAGCAAUUAACAUUAGGCUUGAACUUUGAAGGAAAAUUUCGGAAACAUAGGGUUUUCAUUUAAGUAGGAGUAAGACAGUAUAUGCAAUGCAAUUUUAGAAAGACAUAGGAGCAAGAUGACUCAUAAGUAAAGUGGGAGAAUAUAUCAUCAUACCAUAGGUUUUUAAGCUUAAAGUUGGGUUCAAUCAUGCAAAAUGAUGGAAAAAAGGAAUGAUAAUGUUACAGACGAUACAAGAUGGAUAAAACGAGAAAGGUAUCAGAGGUUAUUUGUGAUGGCAAAGUAACCAUCAAAUUCAAAGGCAGGUUUUAUCACACAACUAUAUGCCCAACUAUACUCUAUGGUAGUGAAUAUUGGACUAUGAGAGAACAACAUGAAACAG